GCCAAAAAUUAUGAUGACAACUAAUGCCUUAUUCAUGACGAGUAAUCAUGUCAAUGGAUUAUCGAUUUCAUCAACGCCUGAAACUGGAGAGCCUGUUCCAGUCACUCAAAAAGCCUACCACUUAGUUGAUUACUCUAAUAGAGAGGAAGAAAUGAUAAGGCUUAUAGGCCAAUAUUUAUGCGACAAGGGAUUUAAAGCGUCUUAUCAACAGCUUUCCAAAGAAUCCGGCAUUGUUUUGGAGCAUAAGUCAUCCACUGACCUUAGGCACUCGAUAUUAGAUGGGAAAUGGGAGGAAGCUGAGAAGGCAUUGGAUCAGCUUUCCUUAGUUAUCCCGCGUUCACGCAAUCUAGACGAAGUUCGUUUUCUUAUCCUGGAACAAAGAUUCUUAGAGCAUUUGGAGGCUAAUGAGGUCAUGCCCGCGGUCACGCUUCUACGAAAUAGGAUCACGCCCAUGCAAAGGAAUCGUGAAAGAGUUCAUACAUUGGCUAGGUGUGCCAAAUUUUCCUAUGAACUUGAUUAA